AUGGAAGAGAAGCUGAAAGCUUUUGCUGAGCAUGUCCAGGGCGGUGGUGCCUCUGCCUCGGGUGUUUGCAGCAUUCCAUUGGUGCGGAGUUCCGUGCCGGUGCUUUUUCUGUUGCUGUGCAGACAGAUGUGGGGAGCUUGGCUUGAGCACCUCGUGGCUUCGUGUGAAUUUUGGUUCACCACAAGUACCUUUGAGGUGGACGUCUGGUGCUUGGCCAUGCUGGGAACCAAUGCGCUUCAGACGCAGCCGAUUGCAUCUCGAUGUCUGAAUACUGCAAAGCAUGCCACUUGGUCCUUUGAGGUUUGCUGGCCGGUGGAGUCGCUGGUGGGUGGCAUUCCAGCCCGCAUUGGUAUCAGAGCCGGAUGCUCGGAAGGGCAAGCCACGCUGAAGCCGUCACUUCGCGUUUCUGAGAUGUGGAAGUUGGGCAGCAGCCACGCGCUGCUUGCUGCAGAGAGAGGAAUGCUUGGGUACUCUAUUGAUUUGGUGAAUCGAGCUGCCUCUGCGAACAUGCUUCGUGUGGACAUGGGCAUCUGUCCUGUGCAGGAAGGACUGGAAGACCUUGAGGAAAGAGUUGAAGCUGACGUUGAUGACGACGACUUGGUCUCCAUCGCUUCCACUCCAACUCUCGCAAGCUCUGAAAUUCUAGAGUUUCUCCACAAGGUUCCGCUGUUCAAAAGGUUACAAGAAGAUUUGCUGCCCACUCUAGCACCAACAUGUGCAAGCAAAACCUUCCUACCGGGUGAUGUGGUCAUCGAACAAGGCGACGAGGGCCACGAGCUCUUCGUCAUCAGGUCCGGCAUCUGCUCCGUGCAGGUGAACGGCCACGAAGUGGCGCAGCUCAAGGAUGGCGACUACUUCGGUGAGAAUGCCUUGCUCAGGGCUGAGCCACGAAAUGCCACCAUAGUAGCGAAGCAGCCGCUGACAACCAUCAUCGUCCGGCGCAGCAAGUUCGAAGAGUUGGGCUUGCGUGAGAAGUUGGUGUUCAAACAGAGAAAUGCGCAAAGCUCAGUUUGCAGGACACUCGGGAGCAUCCGUGCUUCUGCCUUCUGCACCUGCAGUGUUACUUUGUAUCUGCAGGCCGUCGGAGGCGGAUUUCUGGAGUCAGAGGCGAAGCCUCCAAGCCCGAAGACCGAAGAAGAACGCCGGAUCAUGGCAAAGGCCCUGAAGGAGAACACGAAUCUCCAAGGUCUGGUGUCGCUAGACGAAUCGAGCACAGAGAGACUUAUCGACACCGCUUGGAAGGAAGAGGUGAAGGCUGGCACUGACGUGAUCACCGAAGGUGAUCUCAAUGCCUCGUUCUUCUACAUGGUCAAGCCUCGGUCAGGAAAGUUCGACGUCAUCCAGCUCGCUGCCCAGCUGGCGCUAAUCUACACUGCGCCACGCGCUGCGACGGUCAAGGCCGUGGUCGAUUCCGAACUCUGGGUCAUUGAUAGGACCGAUUUCAAAGCCGUUCUGGCUGCUCGAGGCGACAAGUGUCAGGAGUAUGUUGCAUUGUUGGACAAGGUGGAUCUUCUCAAGGGUCUUUUGAAACCUGAAGAGAAAGAAGCUUUGGCGAAGUCCUUGACUGAGAUGUCCUUCUCCAAAGAUGAGAUGGUCUUCGAACAAGGUGAGAAGGGAGAUGCAUUCUACAUUCUGACCGAGGGGCAGGUCGCGGUCAUCAAAGACGGCGUAGAGCAGAUAAAGCUUACGGCUACUCUGCAAGAAGCCCGCUAUUUCGGGGAGCGGGCCUUGCUGACAAACGAGGGCCGAGCUGCCACCAUCAAGGUCACGUCGGACACAGCAAAGUUCCUGCGUCUGGACAGAUUGUCUUUUGAGAUGUUGCUCGGCUCUCUAGAGGAAUUGAAAAAGCUCGGGACAGACCGCAAAGCUGUGGUUAUGAAUCCCGCGAAGAUGCAGAGGAACAUGUCCAUGCUGCGCACUGCAUCCCAGAUGACAAUCGGAGGUUCGGACGGACAAGAUGCUCAAGAUUUCGGUCCUAUAGAGAGGAAGCAGCUGAAGACUCUGGGCAUCCUUGGCUGUGGAGGCUUCGGUUUUGUGGAGCUCGUCGAGCAUGCGCUCUCGGGCGAGACUUUUGCCCUCAAGGCGAUUAGCAAGGGCUACAUUGUCAAGAGUGGAAUGAAGAACAGCGUGUUGCAGGAGAAAGCGGUCCACAUGCAGUGCGACUCGCUCUUCAUAGUGAGGCUGUUCGAGACAUACAACUCACCAGACAUGCUCUAUUUCCUGAUGGAAGCCGCACUCGGCGGGGAGCUUUAUGCAACGUACAACCGGAAAGGGUUCUUUGGCAAGGACAACUUUGCAAAGUUCUAUGUUGCUGGCGUGGUCUUGGCCUUCGACCAUCUUCAUGGAAAGAAGAUCAUUUAUCGGGACCUGAAGCCGGAGACCUGCCUGAGACCUGCAAUCGGAAGAGAGCUGAGGCAGUAG